GGAAACUCAGUCUACGAAGGCGACCGUUACGGACUGACGUUACGUCUUUAACGCAGACAAAAACUGUGUAACAUCGCUCCACUUAUGAAAAUGCAAAUUAAUUGUUGAAAGUUAUAAGUUGUUAAACGUGCGGAAAAAUAUUCCCCGAUGAUAAAAUGAUUUUCCAGUGUACAAGUGUGUUUAAAAAGUGAAAACAACAGAUUUGUGAACCAAAUUACUGACUUGAUUACGCCGGAAAUGAUGUUGGGGCGGUUUAAUUCGAGUAUAACAUUUAAUAAGAUUACGACAAGUUUAAAUGAACCAACCACAAUGGAGAUUUGAGGGACGCAGCCACAGAGGGAAUGACGCUCGGCGGCAAAGACGAUAGAUGCGGCGCAGGCUGAUCAGGCGCGUGGCAUGUGGGUGUUGCUUAUGUUCGCGUUGGCGGUGGCCGUCUCCGCCGAGUGUCCUCGCCACUGCGAGUGCAAAUGGCGAAGUGGCAAGGAGUCCGCUCUGUGUGCUCGCGCCAGCCUCAACGCUAUCCCGCCGCGACUCGACCCUACAACCCAACUGCUAGACCUGGCAGAAAAUCGCAUAGUCACCCUUCGUGAUGACGCAUUCGCAGCAGCCGGCCUCCUAAAUCUCCAGCGUCUGUAUCUCCCAGCCUGCAAUUUGAAAAUUAUUAGACAGUACGCAUUUCGUGCUCUUGUAAAUCUGGUUGAACUCGAUCUGUCUCGAAAUCGAUUGGAGACAGUACCGUCUCAUGCGUUUGAGUCAAUACCCGAACUCCGGGAGCUACGUCUCGGGGGUAAUCCCAUUACAAAAAUUAAAGACGACUCUUUCUCAAGUACACCUCAUUUGGUGAGAUUAACUCUGAGUGCUUGUAAAAUAUCAGAAAUAGAGCCGAGGGGGUUCAAAGGUUUGGAAGGUUCACUUGAGUAUUUGGAACUUAGUAAAAAUAAACUACAAGUUCUUCAUGUUGCAGUGCUGGCACCGUUGAGAUCUCUAAAGGGUUUAGAACUUGCGAAUAAUCCGUGGAAUUGUAACUGUGAUUUAAGACCAAUGCGAGAUUGGAUGAUUAAAAAAAAUGUUCCAGCAACGGUCGUACCUGAUUGCGCUUCGCCUCCGCGACUUGUGACACAGUCUUGGGAUCGAUUAGACUUGGAGGACUUUGCAUGUCUACCUGAAGUUACGGGCAUGUCGAAUAACUUCAAAGGUUUGGAAGGAGACGAGGUGACACUUGUUUGCAAAGUUAUAGGCGUACCAGCACCCAGAGUGCGAUGGAUUCGUGCUGGACGCCUUUUAGCUAAUACGACAACUACAUCAGCCAAUUUACAUUCAGGGAGGACUUUCAUGUUGCGUAGUGAAGGACAUACUAGUAAUUUAACGAUUAAAUCAGCAGAUAUACAAGACUCUGGACUUUAUACGUGUAAUGCUGAGAAUAGGGCUGGGAAAGCAGAAGUGGUUUUAAGCUUGACAAUUGAAAAGAAACCCCAAGGUAGAAGUUUUGGCGGCAGAGCACUUAUGGCUGGUAUGGCAGUGUCUGCAGUGAUAGUGUUCAGUUCGUGUUUAAUAGGAUUAUGUGCGUAUGAAACUCGUAAAAAGAGACAGCUAGAUAGGUGGAAUGAACAAAUAGUUACGUCGAAUCAUAAUGAAAAUAAUUACGAAAAAAUUGAAGCUAAUUUAAAAACAAACGCUGAGGUGCCAAGAGUUAUUACCUCAGACAAUAGUCGUAAAAGAGGGGACUAUAGAAAUGUUCCUUCACAUGAUCCGGAAGAAGAAUACGACGGAUAUAGUCGUGAAGAAAUUAGAGAUCGCAGAGAAUCAAAUACUCCGCCGCACGAGGCAAGGUGGAGGCGAUCAGAACCUUCGUCUGGAAGAUCAGGGGAAUUAAUUCAAGAUUUACAUAUACCGAGGCUUAGCGAAUACAAUAUUAGAUCUGAUGCCACGCCUGAAUCGAUACAAAGCUCAAAAUCAACAGGACUUCUAAGCAGUCACGUGGAGAUUAUAUCUGAAAGUAAUCGAUUCAAUAACAACUCGCGAACAUGUCCGCGACCUCGAACACGAGAGCGCCUCGAUAAUGAUCUAUCUGGUAGCGACAGCGAAAAGAAUUAUCCAGAUCUAAUAGAAAUGAGUGCCUUAGGCACAACAUCUUAUUUUCGGAGUGAUACAAAACACGAUCCUUAUUAUUUUUAUACAAUUCCUCGGAGAAAAGAUGGCGAUAGCCGUAGUCCUCUUUUAAGUAGUCGUAGGAAUAGUUCUGGAGGUGAUUCUAUUACUUUUCCUGAUAGAAAUUACGAGAAAAGUCGCCCAAGGUCGAGUGGACGUCGAUCAAAUAGCUUUUUGGAUCUCUCUGUUGGUGGUAACCGAAUACGACGAAACCCUAGCCUGCCGGCUUCGCCCUCUAGAGAGCAAACAACCGUUCCGUCCGCUACACCACUUUUGGAUUUGUCAGGUCUCAGAGACUAUUCGCGCACUGGUCAGCCCUUUGAGGAUUUUGACUUCAGGGCGUCACAACUUGAAAAGUUUUUAGAAGAGUAUAGAACGUUAAGGGAACAACUUUCGAGAAUGAAAGAGACUCGAGAAAAUCUACAAAGGACGAGGGCUGUUGAAAAUGAAGAGUUAAGAGCCAUACUUAAAGGAAAACCUAGUAUAGCUGUUACGGAGACUUCGUCUUCUGUAGCUUUAGCUGAUGCAGCUUCGCCGUUGGCUCUCAGCCCACCUGAAUACAAAACCCAACAGCAAAGGCCUGAGUGGCUAACCACACUACUUUAUCGUAACUAAAAUUCCAUUGUAAAUAUUUAUAUUUGAACUGAUGUUAAUAAUAAGCAAUUAAAUUGUUUGUAAGAAAAGUGAUAAUAUAGUGUCAUUCUUUUCAAGUUGAAAUAAAUUUGGAGUCAAAAUUCA